CACCGCAUCCUCCCCUCUGCCCCGCUCUGCUACCCGCCACCUGCCUCUCCGGUCGCGCACGCACCGCCCCAUGCGCCCCUCGCAGCUGCUCCUGCGCCCGCUCCUGCGUGCCAGUCCGAGUCUGCCGCGUGCCCGCGCUGCCGCCGCCGCCCUGCGUCCCGCUCUCGCCGCCGCUGCUGCUGCGCCAUCAGCCGCUUCUGCCGCUGCACUUGCCCAUCGCGCAGUGUCGAGUCGCAGUGCUGCCGCUGCGGUGAAGCCGCGCGUCGCUAGUCCGAGCAUGCGUGACGCCUCGCUGCCAUCGGGCGCCGGCUCUUCUCGCGGCCUCGCCUCCGAGGCCACCUCUCGCGAGGCAGCGUCGUCCAGCAGCGCCCACGAGCUGCUCGGUGCCUCUGCAUUCUCGAGCACCCCCACUUCUGCGCUGCACCCGCUGCCGCCCGGCUUUGAGAUGCGCGAAGGUGCCGCCGACCGACCGGCGUACGCCGUCUUCACGCAGCCGCUCGAGCGCUCGGGGCAGGAUGACCGUGCCUACCGCCUCGUGCGGCUCGCCAACGGCCUCGAGGCGCUGCUCGUGCACGACGCCGCGACGGACAAGGCGAGCGCAGCGCUCGAUGUGCGCGUCGGCCACCUGAGCGACCCGCUCGAGCUGCAGGGCCUGGCGCACUUCUGCGAGCACCUGCUCUUCAUGGGCACGCAGAAGUACCCGCGGGAGAACGAGUACAGCGAGUUCCUGAGCAACCACUCGGGCAGCUCGAAUGCGUACACGGGCAUGGAGAACACCAACUACUUCUUCGACGUCGGGCACGCGCACCUCACGGGCGCCCUCGACCGCUUCUCGCAGUUCUUCCAGACGCCGCUCUUCGACGCCGGCUGCACGGAGCGCGAGAUCCGCGCCGUCGACUCGGAGCACAAGAAGAACCUGCAGAGCGACGCCUGGCGCGCCUUCCAGCUCGAGAAGAGCCUCAGCCGCCCGGACCACCCGUACUCGCACUUUGGCACGGGCAACCUGCAGACGCUGUGGGAGGAGCCGAAGAGCAAGGGCCUCGAUGUGCGCGACGAGCUGCUCAAGUUCCACGACCGCUACUACAGCGCCAACACGAUGAAGCUCGUGGUGCUCGGCCGCGAGUCGCUCGACGAGCUGACGGACCUGGUUGUCGACAAGUUCUCGGGCGUGCGCAACAAGGGCAUCCCGGCGCCCUCGUUUCCCUCGUCGCCGCUCGGCGCCGAGCAGCUGCAGACGCAGGUCUUCUUCCGCAGCGUCAAGGACAUCCGCCUGCUCGACGUGACGUUCCCGAUUCCCGACCAGAGCCCGCACUUCCGCUCGAAGCCCGGCCAGUUCCUCUCGCACUUCAUCGGGCACGAGGGUGCCGGCUCGGUGCUCUCGCACCUCAAGGCGCGCGGCUGGGCGAACCACCUCAGCGCCGGCGCCACCAACGGCGCCGACGGCUUCGAGUUCUUCAAGAUCAGCAUCGACCUGACGCAGGACGGCCUGGCCAACUACCAGGACGUCGUGGCGAGCAUCUUCCGCUACAUCGACCUGCUGCGUGCGUCGGACUUUCCCGAGUGGGCGUUCCGCGAGGUGCAGCAGCUGUGCGAGCUGGCGUUCCGCUUCAAGGAGAAGGCGCCGCCGUCGUCGUACGCCUCGGCCCUCUCGUCGCAGAUGCAGCUGCCGUUCCCGCGCGAGUGGGUGCUGUCCGGCCCAUACCUGACGCGCGACUUCAACGUCGAGCUCAUCCGCGAGACGGCUGCGUGCCUGCGGCCCGAGAACUGCCGCAUCGCCAUCGCUGCGCAGACGCUGCCCAACGGCACCAAGGAGUGGGACGCUCGCGAGCGGUGGUACGGCACCGAGUACGCCCUCUCGCCGCUGCCGAGCCGCCUUUUGUCCGCCAGCCAGCCGGCUGCCGGCCAAGAAGACCUCGCGCUGCCGGCGCCGAACUCGUUCAUUCCCAGCGACUUUGCCGUGCCCGAUGCGGACCGCUUUGCGGCCGACGGCUACCGUGCGACGAAGCGGCCUGUCCUGCUGCGCAGCACGCCGCGCGGCCGGCUCUGGCACAAGCGCGACGACCAGUUCUUCAUGCCCAAGGCCAACGUCUUUAUGCUGCUGCGCAGUCCGCUGCUCGAUGCGACGCCGAGCAAUGCCGUCAAGUCGCGCCUCAUCGUCGAGCUCGUCAAGGACGCGCUGACCGAGUACUCGUACGACGCCGAGCUUGCGGGCCUUGGCUACAACAUCGAGUCGCAGGCCGACGGCAUCGGCCUCUCCGUCGACGGCUACAACGACAAGCUGGCCGUGCUCUGCCGCUACAUCCUCGAGGAGCUGGCGGCGUUCAAGGUGAACGCGCAGCGCUUCGGCCUCAUCAAGGACCAGGUGCGCCGCGGCUACGAGAACUUCCGCCUCGAGGCGCCGUACCAGCACGCCAACUACUACGCCACGUACCUGCUCGUCGAGCGCAUGUGGACGGCCGAGGAGAAGCUGCGCGAGCUCGAUGCCCUCACGGCCGAGGACGUGCAGCGCUUCCUGCCCGACCUGCUCGGCCGCCUGCACGUCGAGAUGCUCGUGCACGGCAACCUGCAGCCGGCGCAGGCCGUCGAGCUCGCCGAGCUGGCCGAGAGCACGCUGCGACACGCGCCGCUGUCGCCGGCCGAGCUGCUCUCGCACCGCUCGCUCGUGCUGCCGCGCGGCUCGAGCCAUGCGUGGCAGAUCGACGUGUCGAAUGCCGACAACGUCAACUCGAGCAUCGAGUACUACUGCCAGGUCGGCGACCCCUCCGACAUCCGGCAGCGCGCCACGCUGGCGCUGCUGGCGCAGAUUGCGCAGGAGCCGUGCUUCGACCAGCUGCGCACCAAGGAGCAGCUGGGCUACCUCGUCUUCAGCAGCGUGCGCAAGAGCAUCGGCUCGAUGGGCUUCCGCAUCCUCGUGCAGUCCGAGCGCGACGCCGCAUACGUCGAGUCGCGCAUCGAUGCCUUCCUCGACACGUUCAAGGCGCAGCUCGAGGGCAUGACGGACGCCGAGUUUGCGGCGCAGCGCGACAGUCUGGCGCACAAGAAGCUCGAGGUGCCCAAGAAUCUGUACGAGGAGUCGAGCCGCUUCUGGUUCCACAUCCACAGCGGCUACUACGACUUCCUGCAGCGCGACGUCGACGUCGCGGCACUGCGGCAGCUCGAGCGCAAGGACGUCGUGGCGAUGUUCAACGAGCACAUCCACCAGUCCAGCAGCACGCGGGCCAAGCUCACCGUGCACAUGCGCAGCAAGGUCAAGCCGGUGCGCUUCAGCCGCGCUGCCGCCGAGGAGCUGCGCGCCGCCAGCGCAAAGCUCAACGUGCCGACCUCCGACGAGGAGUACGCGGCGCUGCAGGCGCAGCAGCCGAGCGUCGAGACGGUCAAGGAGGCCACGCGAGCGGCACUCACUCGUCUCGAGACGUCGCCCGAGACGACGCAGCAGCUGCUCACGGCCAUCGACGAGCUCGCUGCGAAGCACCCGCUGCAGGAAGAAGAGGGCGACGUGGUGCCGGCUGACGCAACGGCUGGCGUCACGCUCAUCGAGGACCCUGUCGCCUUCAAGGCCUCGCUGCAGCCGUCGCGCGCUGCUCAGCCUGUGCGGCCCUGGGCUGCCUACGAGGCCGAGCCGCAGGGCGAGGAGCGUGGCUACGGCGCCGCUGCAGCCGACGCCCGGCAGCUGGCGAAGAUCUGACCUGGUUCUCGAGAUACACCCUAAUAUUACGUCGUGCGAUAGCAGCGUGUGUGUGCGGCGUAGCGCAGCAGGUGUGCGGCAAUAGCGCCGAGUUAAAUAAGAGCGCCGA